UAAAAAAUCCUAGAACGUUCGGGGAACGCCGCCGUGCUUCUCUCCUUUAUCGCCGGCCGUUUUAGACUCAAUAAUUUUCCGAUCAAAGAAAAAAUUCUCUAAAAUUUCAUUUUUUUCUUUUUUUUGUGGUGUCUAAUUUCGGAUAUCCGGUGAUGGGUCGGGUUGAAACGGCGGUGGACACGUCGUCGACGGCGGUGGUGGUGGCGUACCGUUUACAUGGGGCAAUAAGCUGGUGGAAUGAAGUGAAUGAAUCUUCUAUUUGGCAAGACCGUAUUUUCUAUGUCCUUGCGAUCUUAUACGGCGUCGUUUCUGCUGUUGCUCUUGUGCAAUUAAUCCGGAUUCAAAUGAGAGUUCCCGAGUAUGGAUGGACCACUCAGAAAGUCUUCCAUUUCCUCAAUUUCUUGGUGAAUGGGGUUCGCUCUCUGGUUUUUGUAUUUCGUCGGGAUGUUCAGAAGUUGAACCCUGAGAUUAUCCAACACAUCUUGCUUGAUAUGCCAAGUCUUGCAUUCUUCACAACUUUUGCGCUUCUAGUAUUAUUCUGGGCUGAGAUAUACUAUCAGGCACGUGCUGUAUCUACUGAUGCUCUUAGGCCUAGUUUCUUCACAAUUAAUGGAGUGGUUUAUGCUAUUCAGGUAAAUAUUUAGUCCUUGUGCUACACUUUCUUCUGAAAAACUUUGGUGCUUUCUAGUUAAAUU